GCAGGACUGGAAAUGCAUCAAUGGAAAAACUUGGAGAAGAACUGCUCAUCUGAUCUGAGUCCCAAGUCCCAACACCGUUGUUUCAUGUUGUAAAGGGAAUUUGUCGGGGGGAAAGGAGGCUUUUUCGGAUAUCGGCUUUGUUGCUACCAUGCUUCUUGUAACAACAUUCCAUGUUGAUUCAUUGGCCAGAAACUACUGCUGAGCUGAACCAAGUUUCUGUAGAUCACUGGGAGGAGAAAAUUCGAAUGAGUGUCUAGUAUUGGCACCUCUUUUUCCUUCACAAUUGUUGAUUCUCUUAGUAAUUCAGUAGAAAGAAAUCCAGUGAUGUAUGCCGGCUCGAACCUGAACUCAUCAUCCAUUAGCAGACCUUAUUCGGAGUCAUGCUCAUCAGAUGACUUCAUAGAAAUCUAUCUAUGUUCAGACAAGAAAGAAAAAAUGUUGGGGGAAACUCGAGGGGCAGAUAACAAAAUGGACAUUAGUUUUCAAUGUGAACCGGUUGUUAGUCCUUUAGGCUAUGGUAUGAACCUUGUUGAAAACGAUGCAGCUCAUAAUCCACACAGCUCGCUGUCUGCUAAGAUCAAGAUGCCUCAUUCACCAUGUUCCUCUGAAAGUGACUCGAUUUCCAGCACCAGCUCAAGGACCAGGUUCACUCCUAUUAGAAAAAUGUUUGAUCCAUUCUUGAAAUCUAGUUUUAUUGAAAAUACGAGAAGAAAUAAGACUAUUCGGAAAUCUUUGUUACAUGACUUCUCACGUUCACCUCAAAAUACUAAAUUGGAUUCCGACUUUGUUGAGAAAGAUAGCGUUCACUCACCGGUUCACCUACAUGGUUGUCUCAAGUUGGGAGCUAAACAUGGGGUGCCAUUUUUUGAGUUCUCAAUGAAUGAACCAGAAGAAGUUUUUCUGGCCAAAACAUCAAAGGCCGAUAAUGCUUUCAAUUGGGUAUAUACCUUCCACUCGGUCGACAAUAAGAAGAAGAGCAGUAGCAGUAUACCAGAACUAAGGGAUCGCAGCAAAGCUGCUGCUUCAAUUGUUGCGCAGAUGCAAGUUUCAUGCCGUUUGUGCUCAGAAAUUAAGGAUGGUGAAGAUGUCGAAAAAUCAAUGGUUACAGAGUUUGUUUUGUAUGAUACCACUCGUUCAAGGCAACAUGUCACUGUCUCCGGAUCCACUGAUGAUCGCUCUAAUGUGGUGGUGAGGCUUAAAGAUCAUUUAAACCUUUCAUUGGACAAUGAUGAGGUUGAAUUCCUGAAUGGAACACCUGCCGAUUUGCAUCCGAACCUUGAGAUUGCGUCCAUAGUCAUUCAAGUACCAUUCAAGAAUAGAGAGAGCUUAAGAUACAGAAGAGGGUAUAAAUUUGAUGAUAAGACGCAUUUAGAUCAACUAAAAGUCUCUAUGAUUGAGGAAAGCAAAAGCAAGAUACACGACAGAGGGAGCCAAGAGAAGGUGAAGGUCAUCAUUCCAACUGGAAACCAUGGCUUUCCUUGUGCUGAAACCCGGGGUCCUUCGUCAUUACUAGAUAGGUGGAGGUUCGGCGGAGGCUGCGAUUGCGGUGGCUGGGACAUGGCCUGUCCUCUUAUAGUUUUCGGAAAAACCAAUCUACAUUGUUUCGAGGAUCAACCAUUGGUGGAUAGCGAGCAGCCAUUUGAACUUUUUCUUCAGGGUGUCAAAGAUAAUGCACCAGCAUUGACCAUGAAAGCCAUUGAAGGAGGGUAUGCAAUUGAUUUUCAUGCAAAGUUAUCCGCGUUACAAGCAUUUUCCAUUUGUGUUGCUGUACUGCAUUGUACAGAAACCUCUGCUACUGCUCGGGAGACGGAAACCAAAUGUUCGCCGCAAUACAAUUCAUUAAAAAUGCUUAUCGACGAGGAGGUGAAAUUCUUAAUAAAUGCAGUCACGGAGGAGAAGAAAGGCAGCAAGAAUGUGGAAGCUGUCCCAGCGUCCUAUGUGAUUAACCCUCCUUUCUCUCCAGUUGCUCGUGUCUAGACCUGAAACUAUUGCCCUGUUCACUUGAAAAUUGCCUAUUGGUAUGUGUUUCAGAGUCUCUGUAAUAAGGUAUGGACAGUGUUUCCACUAAAAACGGUGAGUAUUCCGCCAUUUCCGAGCAAAAGGGAUGUUUAUGUUCAACGGCAUUGAUUCCCAGCUUACAUUCCUGCCACGAACCGAUGGUUACAUCGAUCGCACAAGAAAUUUGUCAUCAUGCCAUUGAUUCAUUCUUCACUCUGUAAAUUAGAAUUAUAAUAUAAACACCAUAACGUUCAUAAUUGUAACUUUGAUAGCAAGGGGAAGAUAGUCAUAUAG